AUUUUUUUAUUGUUACACUGACACCAAUAAAGAGAAGUUUCAAUUUAUACGAAUUCGCUAACUGUGGGCUUUUUACUCAAGACACCGAGACACGACUACACGUAUACUGGGCGACUGUCAUAGACAUGAUAGAUUUGCUUGGGAAUAAUUCGAAAGGAUCCAGAAUGAAAGAGAGGGACUGAGAGGGCGAAGCUUGACCAAACCGGCCUUAGAUGAGGAUGACGACGCCGUAGACAGCGCUAUGGAUUCUGUGAAGACCCCGCGGUUACCGGAACUCCCAAACGUCCUACACACGGACCUCUCGCGCUCCGUCACUCACCUGGGGGUCCGGAAGUUUGUGAUCGAUACCCCCAGGGACCAGGAGCUAAAGAAACGAGAACAGUUGUGGCAGUUUCACAAGAAGAACCGCGGCGCCAUGGUCCGUCUAAAGGGACUCAAUCCGGUCAUGAGCAAAAGCACCGAGGAGAAACUGGACGGAGGUGAAGUAGAGAAAAAAUCCGAUUCUGAUAACGAGGGAGAGAAAAGUCCGAGAGAGGCGAAGAAACUCCCCAAGAUUCGGGCCAGGCUGAAAAUGGAGUCCAGAAACUCUAACAAUUCAAACAGUGAUAAAAAAGAAAACGUAAAAGAAUCGAAUAAAGACUCUAAUGUGAAAUACACAUAUUCGUCUGCUCUUACGAUAGGAAACAAUAUAUACUCCCAGAUUCGCGGUAAGGAGCUUGAAUUCACAGAGAGCGGUGCGAGACCGCCCAUGGACAGUGGUAGAACUAAGCGGUCAAUUGUAAACUCUAUAGACAAGCUUCCUGACCUCAGCAACGCGCUCACCAAACUAGGGUACAUGAAACUGACCAGAAACGUGGUUCAUUUCGGAGGGGGGUUCUUUGGUCGCCAUCAGGAGAAGCGGUACAUGGACCUCCGGAGAUCUGUGUCCUCUAUUGAUAACUCUUCAAGACCGGAAGUGGUUAAAAGUGAAAAGGGACUUUAUGGUUCUAUGAACCAAUUGGACACGAUGGUGGAAACUUCUAGGAUCAAGUUUGAAACCCCAAGAACACAUCUUAAAUUGGAAAACAGGUACGACAAAGAGAUCCAGGUUAAAAAGUCUGAAGACUCUGAAAAAUCAGAGGACAUAAAAACGCCUAGAACAGCAAUUCCUGAAUCCGUGAAAAAACCGCCAUCUGAGAAACAAGAACCUACAAAAACAAAUUCAAAUUUAGGAUCGAGUGAAAAAAGUGAAUUUUCUCUGGAAAUUAAAAAAUCGAAAGGUAAGGACAGUCGGUUAGAAGAGGCCAAACCCGUACGUCCAAACUCUGACGUAAGUCUCGAUAUUCCAAAGGACAAAUAUGGACCGUCUUCCCAGGUGCGGGAGGUGAAAUCGAACCGGUCUCCGUGGGGCCACGCGUACGGGAUGAAUCCUUACCGCUGGACCAACAAGGGUGCAAUAAGAGACGAGGAUAAGGCGUGGGUGGAACACGCCAUGCAGAACACUGACGUCAUAGACCAGACGGCGUACGACUGCUUCGCCAGGACCAAGCUGCCAAAAACAUAGAGCGGCGGUGACGUCUUCUCUGUCGGUGAUUGUUUUGUACAUGUUCGUUAAACGUUGUUUUUUUAUGGUACUGGAAGUACUGAAAUACGCAUUGCAAUAAAUACUCUGUUCCUUCUUA